AUGUACAAACUUGAUUCGCAUUCGCAAGACAAUUCUUAUACUUUUGGAGACUAUGAUUUACCUCGCAAUCGACAACAAAGGCUGAAUUGUAGUAUCCAACCAAAUCAAAUUCAUUCUGCUCUUAUGGUUAUUCUCAAUGGAUUCAGCAGGCCUGUAAACCAACUACCUCGUAUUUCUCUGAGAACUAAUGUCCUAAAUACGCGUGCUCACUUAUUUGAAGUAUUCUUUCGACGAGUUGCACUUGGUUACAUUCGUGUGUUUCCUUUGACUGCUCGUCGCAUCAUCGAAUUCGGGUUUCUGGUACAGGCUGUUUUCGUACUAGUUGUAUUCAUACAUCUUCACGUAACAUUUGUAAAAUCUCCAGUAACGUGCUUGGAUCAUUUGCGUAGUGAAUUUGAAAGCAUAAAGUCUGGUUCAGGUGUAUCUUUUACCUCCAUAACUAUGGAUGCCAAUUAUUUGUCAAAAGGUAAUGGAUCAGAUUCUUUUUUACGACGUUCAUGGCCUAACUAUGGUGUUUUACGUAUCGAAGUCAUCCGUUCUCCUGAUCCGUUCUAUUCUCUCGAAGACUCAUAUGCGAAAGAGUUUUACGGUACUGAAACUGAUUAUCGUUUUGAAGCCAAAAAUGAAAAGACACCACAGGUUAACGAGUUGGAUAAACAUAUUGCCUAUAUUCCCGAAAAUUCAAAGUAUUCACUAGCUUAUUUUGCCGAGAAUAUCAUCCCCGAACAUCAGGAUUUCCGGAAUUCACUUUUAUCUUUGCCAUUCAUUGCAUAUGGGUCGAUCAAAGAAAAUUUCAACCACUUUUUAAAUUAUUUAUACGCUAGUAAUCGAGAGCGAACAUUCUCUUUUAAAGAGAAUGAGGAAAAUAUGUCUCCAUAUAACGCAAUUAUAACCACCAGGAAUAAACUCAGUCAGUUGUUGCCUGAAGUGAACCGGUUAUUAUUCGACUUCUUUGCUGGUAUCGUUGAUUUUAUUUACGACAUUCCUAUUCGUAUAUAUGCCUCGUCAGGUCCUGCACUAAACACAAAUGAGAGCUACAUAAUUGAAUACGCCUUGGAGUAUGGCUUUCUUCGUCUCUCACCGCGGGCCCGAAAUCGGCUUAACGUAACUGUAAAAUUAAUUGUUCUUGACCCAGAAACAAACCCUUGCUUCGGCAGUAAACUCAGUCGUUUCCUCAUGGAAGAGUUUCUCGGUUAUGAAGACCUUUUGAUUGGUAGUGUGAAGUACUUAUCAGCUAGCGAAGGAUUGAAAGGUUAUGUGGUAAAUGUAAUGAGCGGACAACAUUAUAAGCUCGUUAUUUCGCAGAUGUCUAGGUCGUCCUACUUUGCUGCUGCUCUGAUCAUGUUACUAUUUACAUUUUGUAUAUCCGUUCUGUUAAGAUAUUCAAGUCAACAGCUUGUGGUUGUAAUAGCUGAUAUUCUCCAAAUGUUUGAAACGAAUACCUCGUUUGGGAUUCCUGUUGCCCCAUUUAUGACAGUGAUUCUUGCUCUUGUUGCCAUGGAAACUAUCAUGUCUGAAUUUUUUGGAGAUUCAAUCACUGCGUUUUAUGUUAUUCUCAUUAUAAGCGUUUGUGAUCACUAUGAAGCUGUAUUUUGUCGUACUGAAUUAAGCAAAAGAUAUUGGCCAAGGUACUUCUACUUGUAUCAUUUUGGAUUUUAUGCCUACCAUUAUCGUUUCAAUGGGCAAUUCAGUGGUGUUGCUCUUUGGGUUUCCUGGCUGUUUAUAUUGCAUUCAAUGAUUUAUUUCUUCCAUCAUUACGAAUUACCUAACCUGCUUAGUGAUUGGGAAUUCCGUGAAUUCGUUUCUAAUAAUCAACUUGUAGGUCAAAUUCAGCUACAAGUUUCCACACCAUCAUUAUCUGUCCGGAAUAGUCAGGAUGCUUCCAGCUUAAACCAUUCUAUCAACUCUCAUGAACGAACAGAGUCGUUAGGUGACUUAACAACUACUGUUGGGGAUUCAGACAAUCUCGAGUCAAAUGAAUUGUCUAACAAUAUUUUCACUGUUACAAGUUCAGUACCUACUUUUAGUGAGAUGUCUGGUGAAAUCGAAGCUAAUCAAAGUGAUUUACUUUCUAAUAAUACUGCAUUAGCUGAUUCUCCCACAACUUCUGCUAAUUUAAAUCACCUAGAAUAAUAAUUUAUGAUCUAUUAACAUUUGUACUUUUGUUAUUUUGUGUUUAUUUAAUGUAAUACCCCAUCUCUAUGAUUUUUCACAUUUACGCUAG